UUCUUUCUUUCCCUUUCUGUCUCUAUUUUUCUCUCCCAAUAGUCAGAGGUAUCAUGGGUUCUUUCUUUCUUUUCUGUCUCUCUUCUUCUCUCCCAGUAGUCACAGUUGGCUUUUAUUGAAAGUUUAAGGCAAUCUUUUGAAAUUUGCGUGUGGGUUCUUUGAAACUAUCUUUUUACGAUGGUGUGCUUGAAGCUUUGUUUCUUCUGUGUUUUCAACUUUCUGAUGGAAAGUAGAGGAUGCCCAGCAGUCACAGCGAGAACGAAAAAUCAUACACCUAAAGCUAUUAUAUACCAAAAGUUUGGUACCAAAGCUUGCUAUAAGGUAGAGGAGGUGCAGGGGCCUGCACAAAAUGGAUGCCCAGGCUUGGCAAUUCCGCAAAAGGGCCCCUCUCUCUAUCGCUGCAGCUUAGAGCUUCCUGAAAUUUCUGUUGUUUCAGGUACCUUUAAAAAGAAGAAGGAUGCUGAGCAAUGUGCUGCAGAGAUGGCUUUAAAAGAGCUAGGCAUCAAUCCUGCAGUUGAGAAUCAAACUGAGCAGGAUCCUUUGGAUGCUUUAGUUGACCGUAUGAAGUAUCUAUUCUCAGAUGAGUUCCUCCAAUCUCUUCAACCGUUGAGCGGUCACCUUAGAGCAAUUUUGCAGAGAGAUGGCGACCUCUGUGGUUCAUUACCAGCUUCUGUUGUUGCUGUCUGCGAUGCAAAAUCAAGUAAUCUUUGUAAAUUACUCAAUCCUAAGGUGGAAUCAAACCCUUUCCUGGCUUUGUCAUUUAUCAUGAGAGCAGCUGCAAGAUUGUCUCGGUCUGGCAUUAACACCAAGGGGCAUCUUUCAAUCCAGAAACAAAUUCCCUACUCUUCAGGGACUGUAGAAUUGUUAGAUAUCCAGAAAUUGGUUUCCCCAGAUAGCAUAAGAGUUGAAGCUGUACAUAUUCCAUCUUCUCUGGAUAAGACUGUUCAACCAAUAAGUCUUAAUAUUUCUUUAGCUGGGUAUUACCUGGAUGCUAUAGCACAGAAACUUGGUGUGGCAGAUGCCGACAAGGUUCUUCUCUCGAGGACUAUUGGUAAAGCUUCUUCUGAGACAAGAUUAUACUUUGUUGCUCCUGAAUCAUCUGUGUCUGAUCUGCCAGCAGAUAUUGUAAAUCUGGAAGGAUCUUUGAAUGCUAGGGCAAGUUACUUUUGUGCUCAAGCUAUAUAUGGUGAUGCAAUAAUGGCAUCAAUUGGCUACACAUGGAGGUCUAGAGAUCUUUUUCAUGAACACAUAUCCCUGCAAUCAUGUUACAGUAUGCUUAUAAGCAAGAUGCCUGGUGGAAACUACAAGUUGUCCAGAGAAGCAAUUCUUGCUGCAGAAUUGCCCUCAAUAUUCACCACAAAAUCAAAUUGGAGGGGUUCCUUCCCAAGGGAAAUUCUAUGCUCAUUCUGCCGGCAGCACCGGCUAUCUGAACCUGUUUUCUCCACUACAACUCUGCCAGAAUCAUGCCUGUCAAGGUCAAACAAGAAAGUGAAAGUCACAGAGGCAGUUGAACAGAAUACGGAGUAUGCAAAUGGAAUAGGCACUGCUGUUGAUCAUCAUAAAUCAGUGGAAUAUGGAAGCAUAUUUAGAUGUGAAAUAAAAAUAUAUUCAAAGUGUCAGGAUUUGAUCAUAGAGUGUGCACCUAAAGGAAUUUAUAAGAAGCAGAACGACUCUAUCCACAAUGCUUCUCUGAAAGUUCUAUCAUGGUUGAGUGAAUAUUUUAAGGACCCUAGCAUGCCUGUGGAAAACUUAAACUACUUGGCUGAUGUCCUUGACAUUCGAUUUUGUCCUGAAAACUUCUUUAAAGAGUUUUUGUUGUGUCCAUCUUUUCAUAAUAUUCAGCAUAGGGGGAAACAAGGAGGCAAAUUAACAGAAGCAAGAAAUAUGAAUGUGUCAUCUACUUCACCAGGACAAGAUGUUUGCUCUUUGAGCAUAGAGGGUCCGGAUUCUGGUGCGUAUCCAUCUAAUGGAUCUUUACUAUGUAUAAGUUAUUCUGUAUCUCUGGUGACAGAUGACAACCAAGUGAAAGAGCUUCUUGAGAGCAAUGAUGAGUUUGAGUUUGAGAUGGGGACGGGGGCUGUGAUUUGCCCUCUUGAAGCAGUUCUGACACAAAUGUCAGUAGGUCAGUCUGCUUUUUUUAGAAUGGACCUACCUCCUCAAGAAUUUAUUUUAGCUGCAGCUGAUGAUUCUGAGAGGAUUAUUUCAUUGUUAUCAUCAC